AUGGAGAACAGGGCUGGAUCAGCUUUUGCUCAGAAGGGGUCGAAGGUCAAGGAUUUGGUGUCAAAUCUAGAAGAGCAGAACAAAAAGGAUGUGGAGGUUCAGGUCAAGGCUGCGGCAAAGGGGGUGAAGUCCAUGAUUGUUGCUGAUGAGAGUGUGCGCAAGGUCCUCUUCCUGAUGAAGGUGCCGGAAGGUGAUGAGUGUGCUGACAAGAAGAGACAAGCUGACAUUAUGGAUGUUGUAGAGUAG